AUGUCGUGCAUCCAGGCAGAAUGGACAGGAGGGAGAGAAGCGGGGAUUAAAGCACUUGUCGCAUUAUCUUUUAGUGGAGCCAUUGGUCUCACUUUUCUCAUGCUCGGAUGUGCCUUAGAAAGUUAUAAAUGUUACUGGCCUCUGUUUGUUUUGAUAUUCUACGUCAUAAGUCCCAUUCCGCACUUUAUCGCCACACGAGUCAGCGAUGACAGCGACGCAGCCAGCAGUGCCUGCCGUGAGCUGGCUUACUUUUUCACCACCGGAGUUGUAGUAUCAGCGUUUGGCUUUCCGAUUAUACUCGCCAGGGUAACAUUGAUCCAAUGGGGAGCCUGUGGCCUGGUCCUGGCAGGAAACACCGUGAUCUUUUGUACAAUCCUGGGAUUUUUCAUCGUUUUCGGAAGAGGGGACGACUUUAGUUGGGAGCAGUGGUAAAAAAAGAAGAA